AUGUUUGACAAAUUCAAGCAUAUUGAAAAUCAAGCAAAAACGAUUUUUUGGCGAUUAGACGGAGAAGAAUGGACACGCUUUUUGGAUUAUAUACAUGGUCCUGAUCGACAAUGGACAUAUUUACCUGCUUUAUCAUGGUUCUGUUGUCGACGAAGAUCUUAUGAACGAUUAAUGAAUCGUCAAUAUGGUCAUAUUAUUUUAUGCGAACAUGGUUUCAUCAUUGACGAAUUACAUUUUAUUUCGUUUCGAUCAUUUACUUUAGAAAGCAUAGAGGUACAAAAUUUCGGACAAGAUUCAUCAAUAUUAGGCUUAAGACUUCAUGGUCGCUUGACGGCUGGCAAGAGUACUCGAAGUAUUGACUUUGACUUAUUUGCACCAUCAUGCAUCAGACGAGAACAAUUACAUGCAAUUGCUGAACAAUACAAGAGCAAGAUACCUGUAUCAAAGGUCUGA